AGUCUUAAUUCACGACCACGUGCCCUACUAAACACAUGCAUUAUCUUACGACUGUUUCAUGCAUUAAACUCAUAAGUAAAACAUUUAUUCAAACAAAGGUUCACAUAGUUGUCAUACAAUUUUGGAAUAAACAAUAUUCAAAAUGGCAACUCACAGACCAGUGUCUUGCGGGCUGGACUUCUGUGCUGCUCCUAAUUUAAACAAUUGUUUACAUCAAGCCACAACAAAUAAGUUUGACUUUGUAUGUGUACCUUUGGUUCAUCCAAAUUUUAAAAGAGAGUUCUUUAGUGGAAAUGCAAAAGAAAGACCAGGACCAUUUACAAGAUCUGAUAUGCUGUUAUGCAGUUCUGAUUGGAAUAAUUUGGUGAUCGGUAAGUUAUCACCUUAUUUCAACCCAGAUUCAAAGAUUCCCAUGCUGAUGAAGAACAGUGAGACUGCAUUAAAUCAAGAGCUCUCUCUUGCUGCACAUUUGGGAGUGCCUGCAAUAACUUUCAAACUAAAAGGAAACAUACAAAAACACAUGAAUCUUGCAAGAAUAAUAUACGAUAAAAUUAUGACCACCUGCAUUUUUCAGGUUUGGGUUCAAGUACCUAUGGAAAAUCCUGCAAAACAGGCUUACACCUAUAGAGAUGAUGAGGAACAUUCGUUAGAGAGUCCAUGGGAGUGGUGGAAUUCUUUUAGAACAGUUUGUGAUUUUGAACGUAAAAUAGGAGUUGCUUUAAUAGUAAGCCACGACUUACCCGAAUCGGAGGAGAUUGAUAGAUGGCUGGGUGAACCAGUGAAGUGCUUAAUUUUUCCUACAACAUUAUUUAUAUCUAAUAAGAGAGGAUAUCCCGUAUUGAGUAGAGCUCAUCAAACACUAAUAAAAAAAUUCUGCUCACACGACAUUCAGUUUAUUCUAACAGGCGCUAAUAGGCAUCAAAACAUUAGCAACUAUCACAGCUACUUAGAUUACUUGUGGAAGAGCUGUCAAAUUAACGGACCUGUUGAAAAAUUUGCUCGUGGAUAUGAGGACUACCUGCAAUGCCCCUUACAACCGUUGAUGGAUAAUUUGGAAUCACAAACUUAUGAAAUAUUUGAAAAAGAUCCUGUAAAGUACACAGAGUAUCAGAGAGCAAUUCAUAUGGCUAUCGUGGAUAAAAGUAAAAAAUUAAGGAAAACUGAACCCAUGUUAGUAACAGAAAUUCGUGCAAUUAAAAUUCUAUCAAAACCAUUAAUUAAGUUUAUUGUUUCUUACAGUGUAAUUAUGUUAGUCGGAGCAGGUAGAGGUCCAUUGGUGCGAGCUUCUUUGAAUGCUGCUGAUCACGCUCACAAGAAUGUCAAGGUGUAUGCUGUGGAGAAGAAUCCCAAUGCCGUGAUAACUUUACAAGCCUUAGUGAAGGAAAUGUGGUCAAACAGAGUGACAGUAGUAUCAUGUGAUAUGAGAAAUUGGGAAGCUCCGGAGAAAGCAGACAUUCUUGUGUCUGAAUUACUUGGUUCGUUUGGGGACAACGAAUUGUCUCCAGAAUGUUUGGAUGGUGUACAGAAAUUUUUGAAAGAUGAUGGUGUUAGUAUACCAUCUUCGUAUACAUCUUAUAUCAGCCCUGUACAAUCCUCAAAAUUGUAUAACGAAGUAAAACAGUGUAAGGAAAAGGAUAAACAUGCAAUAGCUCAUUUUGAAACGCCCUAUGUCGUUCAUCUGCAGAACAAAUAUGACAUUGCGGCACCUCAAUCUUUGUUUUCUUUUCAUCAUCCAAACAAAGAUAUUGUUAUUGAUAAUACUCGGUAUGCAGUUAAGAAAUUUACUGUAAGACAAAAUUCAGUAUUACAUGGAUUCUCUGGAUACUUUGAUGCAGUACUGUACGAUACUGUUAAAUUAAGUAUAGAACCAAAUUCUCAUAGUACUGGUAUGUUCAGCUGGUUCCCAAUAUUCUUCCCAAUCAAGGAGCCAGUGCAGCUUAAGACUGGUGAUGAGAUUGAGAUACAUUUUUGGAGAAGGUGUAGUACAAAGAAUGUUUGGUACGAAUGGUGUUUAUCCAAACCCAUAUGUGGAUCGGUGCAUAAUCCUAAUGGAAGAUCUUCCACAAUUGGCCUUUAAUUAUCCAUACACAUUUCCAAAAGUGAUUUUUCAUUUGUGUUCAUAAUGUCAAAAAAGUAUUCCUGAAAUCUAUUCAGUAAAGGAUUCACAAUAAAAUGUCUUUCUUCCUCUAAUCUGUUUAAAGGCAUGUAAAGAAGAAUAUUGAUUAAUUUUAUUGAAUAAAUGUCGUAUGUUACAACGGCGUAAAGGAAAGAACAGUAUCACAAAAAUUCUCAGGAUACACAGACUGGUGUAAAACGUGUUUGUUACACUUCAUACUUAUUUUGAUUGAACUUAAGGGUCACCGAUAUUGUACAAUACUGAUAAGCUGUUUAUGAGUCUCAACUGUAAAGAAAUUUACUAAACAGUGACCUAUUCACCUCACGUGAUCAUAAGAACCAGGCGCCGAUAAGAAUAAUAAGAGAUGAGCCAAAACUAGACAAACUUUUCUCUCGUAUAAUCGUAAGUCUUGAACAGCAGGAUUAAAGGGUCCAACAUUAAUAACUUUAAUAUUGUUAUUCAACGCAAAAAAAUUUCGCAAAUGC